UGUUACAUAAUUACAUUUAUUGUAGAAGCACCUUUUAUACUUGUUGUCAGCUGGCAAACUGCGGCAUUGUAUGCACAUCAAGACAACAAACCUUUUUUUAAAAAUAUUCAAUACAAACAAGAACGAGUAACUUUACAUUUAAAACAUUAAAAAUAGAAAGUGAUAUGAUAAACUAAAUCAAGACGUAUCAAAAAGUAAUGAUUUUAAUUGACAAAAAUGGCUGGAAACUUUUGGCAGAGUUCGCACCAUCAACAAUGGUUAUUGGAUAAACAAGACUUGGUACGAGAACGUCAGCAUGAUCUUUCAAUACUAUCGGAAGAGGAAUACCAAAAGUUAUUCAUAUUUUUCGCAAAUUUGAUUCAAGUUUUGGGAGAGCAACUAAAAUUGAGACAGCAAGUUAUUGCAACCGCUACUGUUUAUUUUAAAAGAUUUUACGCCAGAAACAGUUUAAAAUGUAUUGAUCCACUACUUUUGGCUCCUACAUCUGUGUUUUUGGCUUCAAAAGUAGAAGAAUUUGGUGUUAUUUCAAAUAGUAGACUUAUUACGACUUGUCAAACUGUUGUAAAAAACAAAUUUAAUUACGCUUACUCGCAAGAAUUUCCAUAUAGAACGAACCAUAUAUUGGAGUGUGAAUUCUAUUUGCUGGAGCAUUUAGACUGUUGUUUGAUUGUAUAUCAACCAUAUCGCCCUUUAUUAACUUUGAUACAAGAUGUUGGUCCAGAUGAACAAUUGUUAACUCUUGCAUGGCGAAUUAUUAACGACAGUUUACGAACCGACGUGUGUCUUCUCUACCCACCUUAUCAGAUUGCCAUUGGCUGCUUACAAAUUGCUUGCGUUAUACUGCAGAAGGAUUUAAAAACAUGGUUUGCUGAAUUAAAUGCUGAUAUGGAGAAAAUUCAAGAAAUUGCACGCUACAUAAUUAAUCUCUAUGAAUUAUGGAAAACAUAUGACGAAAAGAAAGAAAUACAAGCUUUACUAAAUAAAAUGCCAAAACCAAAGGCAGCUCCUCAGCGUUGAGAGCAAAAUUUAAAAUAAAUUAAUUCAAUGGUCUGAUUAUUUUAACGUUUUUAAAUAAAACCUGAAUUUUAUACACUUGA